AUGUCAACACUUGGAAAAAUCUCUCCGGAGAUCCUAACCGAUAUUGUCAAGGCCCUUCGCGAAAGUUAUUCGCCCUUCGAACUUGAUAAAAGUGUAUAUAGCCUGGCGCUAACAUGCAGAAUCUUUUACCGUAUUUGCGAACCCCUUCUCUACUCCCGAUACAGGAACGAAGACAAAUGCAUUGGCAAGCUUAGCGAAUUUAUUCGAAUGCUCAUAUUGAGACCAGAUCGAUGGCCUGGCUUCAAAUUUGUUUCGAUUGAGUGGAAUCGUAGAACAUCUCAUGGUUCCUUGAGCAGAGCUCAACACGUUGAGAUGCUCGCAGAUGUUCCGUUCUUGAAAACUGCAAUAGAUCAGCUCCCAGACGAAAUUUACAGGUUACAGAGCCGACCAAAUGGCAAGAUUGGAGAAGUAGAGAAAAGGAAACUUUGCACACAGUAUGUGACAGAUCUUGCAGAAACAUUCAAACGACUAUUGGACGUGGGCGAUGUUCAGCCUUACUCUGAGUUAUUAAUUUACAUGUUCACUAUUCUAAGCCCUUACAUACAAAAGCUCCAGAUUGAGAUAAAAAGUUCAGGAGGACAUGAUUCGGGUCGUCCUUGGCGGUUGCAAAUCUUCCCAGAGGCAAAUCAUCUCAAAUUUAUCUCGCUUAAAGAAUUCCACUACGUUACAGUGACAGCUCGCAGAUCAAAGCCGAGAGAGGCGAUUUCCAUACCAGUAAUUUCCGCAGAACAGCUCGAUCUUUUUAUGAGAAUACCUACCCUGAAGAAAUUGAAACUUCGUGGCUUUGCAUUCAGUGUAGACCUGCCCUCUCACUGGGUUACAAAACCAGGAUCGUGUGGGGUAGAAUCCCUAGAUCUCAUGUACAAUUUCAGUAUCGAUUUCGUAAAAUGGAGAAUCUUCUUGUCCGUAUUCCAAAAAUUAAAGCAUUUCUCAUACGACGGGAAUUUCAAAGGCGUAAUCCGCAGAGAAAGGCCUAUUGACGGUGCAGUCACUCCCCGUUUUCUUGGCAAACUUAUGGAAGGCAUCUUUGUGCACGGAAGUAGCUUGGAGUCUUUUUCUUUGGUGAACAUCCGUAGGUUAAAAUCUGACCAUACGCACCUCGAGAUAUCGACUACCCCUGGAUUUACACAAUUCUCUUGUUUGAAACAAAUGAGAAUUCAGCUGGACCUAUUGAUUGGUGUGGAGGGCGAGUCCGUUAAGACUUUGGAAUUGUGGUGUCAAGCUAGCCUUGAGUGCAUGAGUCUCACCGACCAAUUAUUAGGGCUGAAGACACAUAAAGAAGUCUUUCCAAGUUUUGCGUUGAGAGAGGUGAAGCUUGUAUACGUGAUCGAGAUGUUUCAGGUUGAGGAGACUUGGAAAAUUGAUAUGAUCAAGGAUCUUUGGGAGAAUGGGAUUCAUUUGGUGUUGGUUGGUCUGCCAAUUAAAGAUGUUUGGUGGAGUCCUGGCCUGUUGAAUUGGCAGAGUAUGGGUAGAGGGAGUAUAAGUCAACAAACUGUACGAAGUAAAGACAAAGAGUAUAACUAA